GCCCCAAGCAUCGCGCAACCCCCGGUAUAUACUCGGUGCUAAACGCAACUACACGAGGGGGCCUUUCUACCGUCUUUGUUUUCCCUUUCUUCACAGUGUCGUUUCGCAGUCUCGCGCGGCGGGGCGGUCGUUGAACGACGGAAGCAGGAAGGAAUAGACGGGAAAGAAAGAUAAUACGACGUCGCCUACGUUAAAGGAAAAGAACACGUGGACGACGAUAUUUUUUAGUUCCUCUCUAGAACUAUACGAAAGAACGAAGAGAUUCUCUCGGCGCAUGAUUUGAAAGAUCGAACGAGUUGAUCUGUUUAAAAAUCCGUGUAUGAGAGAAAGAGAAAGAGAGAAAGAAAGAUAUAUAUAUAUAUAUAUAUAUAUAUAUAUAUAGAGAGAGAGAGAGAGAGAAAGAGAGAGAGAGAGUAUAGUGAAAAAUCUCAUGGACAAACGAGCGAACCAGUGAUCGCGGCUUUACAAUGUGUUACUGCGUGUUCGGUUUUUUUCCCUGAAAAAAAGAGAAACGAAACAAAAAAAAUAGAACAACAACAACAACAACAACAACAACAAAAAGACAAAUAAAGCGACUGGCUAACGAGGUAAAAAUGCGUAACCGCGCGGUGAUUUUACGGCAGGUCGCGAUAUAAUCGAUAAUAAUGGAAUAAGUAAUUAGCUCGAUAGAACGGUGCUAAAUAUACGGACCAAUAAGAGAUAUCUAAUAUCGAAGAGGACAUGUGGAAAUCGAUUAAUAUAGAAAUCGUGUGGUCGAUUACGAAUAGUUCUUAUUAACUAUCCGAAACGAAUGAACUAACGAACAAACGAACUAACUAACGAACGAACGAACGAACGAACGAACGAACGAACGAAUGACGAUGAUGACGAUGACGACGGUUAAUUUUACUUUUACGCGGUCAGAUCCGUCGAUAUGUUUAAUAUAACCCAUCGUAAUUCAGGCCACAACCCUUUCCAUCAUUUCGAGUAUCACCAAAAAGCAAUGACGAUGAUAAUUAUUACCGAUAAAUUACGUAACGAGCGAGUGAUCGCUUGUAUACGCGUUCGUGAUACUUAUCCGCGUUUUAACGAUCGAAUGUAGAGUAAUCCAGUUGGUUAUAGUCGUCGUCGGAAAUUAGAGAAUUAUAUCAAUAAUUGAUCUAUUCUUGAGUUUCUAAAAUUCAAAAAGAGAGAGAGAGAGAGAGGAAAAAGAGAAAGAACAAAGAGACAGAGACAGAGAGAGAGAGAGAGAGAGAGAGAGAGAGAGAGAGAAAUCAUAAUCGAUAUGUAAAAGCUAGAACGGAACGAGAAGAAUCUUCAUGGAGAUCAUCGAGGAAGACAUUCGAGGUUAUCCGAGACAUCGGGAACUUUGGAGUGACGAAGAUGAAUCGUAAUAAAAGUUCGAAGAGUCGAAAGAAAAGAAUAAGAGUCGAGGAACCACCACACAGUGAUCAGAGUAAAGAGUAGAGAGGACGUUUGGCGUCAUCCGGUGAGGCGUCAUCGCUGGCAUCAGUAGAGAGAGGAAAAGAGAGAUAGAGAAAGAGAGAGAAAGAAGGACACAUAUAGAUAGAUAGAGAGAGAGAGAGAGAGAAAGUGAUAAAACGAGAGAGAGAGAGAGAGAAAGUGAUAAAACGAGAGAGAGAGAGAGAGAGAAAGAGGGAGAGAGAAAAAGAGGGAGAGAGAAAUAGUAGAAGAGAAGGAGAAAAGCGAAGAGGAGGAAAGAGAGAGAGAUAGAUAAAGAGAGAAGAGUGCCAGAUAGAGGGAGAAAGAGAGAUUUUUCCCCACCGCUUGGAAAAAGCAUCCCCCACCAGAGCGAGUUUUAGGGGUGCGAGAGGGUCGGCGGGGGUGGUGGCGGCGUGGAGGAAGAGGAGGAGGAGGAGGAAGAGGUGGAGGGACGAGCGGCGGAGGAAGGGGGUUUACCCGGGGUGGUCUCGGUGGUGGCUGGGGGCGGCAGCCUCAAAAAUACACCGCAACCACACCGCGCGGCUCCACCGCAGAAGCCGCCAUCUUCCACCGCCGAACCGAAACGAGACCGCGCGAGUUAAACACCCUAUCCUACCCCGUACAAGUUGCCGCUGCCACCCGCCGAGGUAUCGCCAGGUGAACGACUACCUUCGUCAUCCUUGCCAGCAGUUCGAGAAACGUUAUCAAGACGACCUACGAAGAUCUCACUUCGUCUCUGGUUUCUCUCCUGGAUCAUACAAGUCAGUUACGUUAUCUUCUGGAUCGGAGGAUCUUGGAUACUCGUCAUGAAGAAAUCUUUAAGAUCGAACGAUUGAACCAACGAGAAUUUGUUGUUCGAUGGGAAAAAAGUGAUUUCGUUCGCAGUGUCGUGUUCGGCAAACGUUCUUAACAAGUGUACAAAGCUAAACGAAUUGUUCUCAAGUUGAAAGAAGAUUCUUUUUUCUUUUUUUUUUCUAAAAGGACCAAUUAUUAUUAGCUAAUUUCUGUUGCUCCUUUAUUUUUCCUUUCUCGUUUUUCCUUUUCGCGUUCAACGUGUUAUCGUUCUCGAUUGAUGAGACGGGGUAGGGUAAACUCGACGGACUGAUUCAAUUCGAUACACGUGACAACUGUAUGUUUCGUGGGAACUCAACGAACGCGGGUGAAUUUAAGCGUAGAGAUCUUCCCUGUCUCGGGAUACUCUCGAUCCUUUAAAUUAUUUCCAAGUGUGCGAUCUAACGACGGGAAGGAAGUUAAAAGUAAUAUCGGACCGGCUCUCGAGUGCGUCCUGUAUCGCGAAGAAAGGAAGACGGUAGUAUUGUAUAUCGUUCGACGGGGAUAAAGACGCGAAGAGAAAAAAAGAAAAAAAAGGGAAAAAGUUUGAGAAAGAAGAAGAAGAAGACGAAGAAAAAGAAGAAGAAGUAAUAGUAGUACUAGUAGUAGAAGAAGAAGGAAAGAAAAAAAGAAAAAAAAAGAGAAGAGAGAGAGGGUGGUACUUCCUGUCGAUUCCAAUAAAACGAAUUUUCUCCGCGACUUGGCAAUCGAGACGGGAGGAAGAAUUUGCAAACGGAUGCUCCUCUCCCAAAGCGAGAUAAUGAAAUAAGGAUCAAAGGAUCCUGGGGUCCGUAGGCCAAGUAAGAGCAACCGAGCAGCAUUCUGUAUGGCAUUCGUUUCUGAAGCCAACAAAUCUGAUUCCUUCGGGAGAAGCUAUCGUUCUUAACGCGUUCUUCCUGAUCCACAAGAGUUAUCAGUUUGAUCGAAAUCAGCGAACGCGUGCUUUUCCUCUCUCUCUUUCUCUCCUCCCCUCUCUCUCUCUCUCUCUCUCAAGUUUUAUUCUCCAAUCCCGAAGAUCGAUAAAAGGAUUCGAUCGAUUGUGUUCACCAGUUUGAGCGAUCACUAGUUCAAAAGAGAGAACGUACUUUUUCUUAUACGAAGUAAGAAAAAACUGAUGAUCCUGCUCUCAUGACGAAUCCUUCGCGAGAUGUUGUUCGUCCCGAAGAUCGGCCUCCUGGCCUAGAUUAUCCCGAUCCUAGAUCGGUUCGCGGUGAUCAUCAAGGACAUCAAGCGAUUCCAGCGAAUCAAAUCGGUGGAGCGAGAAUACGUAGGACUAGGGCCUCUUCGUCGAGGAGAAGAAUGCACCUAGCUAACGACGUGCCUCCUCAAGGUUCUACUAGUGGUAAUCACCAUUCCGAUUAUGCACUCACUGCUGAUCUACUCGCCGAAAGGACGUUGGAUGGUUUGCUUGCUGAACAUCCUGGAGAACUCGUGCGAACAGGUUGUCCACACGUGGUAUGCACAGUUCUACCGUCGCAUUGGAGAUCAAACAAGACUCUUCCGGUAGCUUUCAAAGUAGUGGCACUUGGUGAGGUCGGUGACGGCACCUUGGUCACUGUACGGGCGGGCAACGACGAAAACUGUUGCGCGGAGUUACGGAAUUCCACCGCAUUAAUGAAGAAUCAAGUUGCUAAAUUCAACGAUCUUAGAUUCGUCGGUAGAAGUGGUAGAGGGAAGAGCUUUACCCUAACCAUAAUGCUGCAAACAACGCCACCUCAGGUAGCCACCUUAUCGAAAGCGAUCAAGGUCACCGUGGAUGGUCCUAGAGAGCCAAGGUCUAAGACAAGACACCAAGCUUUUCAUCCAUUUCACUUCGGACCUCGACCAUUCCCAUUCGGACACCCACAGGAUCCGUUGGGAUUCAAGCUGUCCGGCUUGCAGCAUAUUAAUCUGGAACAAGGGGCGAGCCAAGGAUGGGGUGGAUUACCUAGAGGAUCUUUACCACCGCAUUGUCUUCCGCCACCACCCGGUCAUCACGCGCACGCACAUCCACCGCCGGCCGGUGGCUCGGCCUUCAACCCCUUUCAUCACGCUAUCGAACAGAGGUCUCCCAGACUGCCUGGUUCUAACACCGAUUCGACGAGGAACGAUUUGGGUCCUAUCAGUGUCUCCGUGAGAGAAGUACCACCGACAACUUCACCAGGAAAUCCUGGACCAGGAUUAUUAACAACAGCUACCGUAGCUGCACCGACACCGCCGGCCGAAUCGGUUACCACUACGACCCCAAGUCCCUCGGGACAUCACCCGCAUUUCCAAGGUCUUCAUCUAUUAGGAGCAACCGGAUCGAUCUUUGGAUCGAUAUUCGCUCCACUGUUACCUCAAUCCUCAUGGCUUUACAACCCGCUUUAUCACACACAACAGUACAUUCUGGAACCUGAAUGGCACGCGUUAGCUCUCAGAAUGGCUCAACAACGAUUACAGAGACCAGAUCAGGCUAGACUCGAAGAACUUCGAAAGUUACGAGGUACAAGUGACAGUCCCGAAGGUAGCUCGAAAGAAGACAGGAAAACGGAUCAAGAGGAUCCAGAUCCUUUGAACAGAUCAGGAAUGGACAGUCCCGAUGGAAGUAUAGAGGUUGAUGAUAGGAACGAUCAAGAUCGAAAGAGAGAUCGGAUUAGCGAGGAAUCGUUUCUUGAGCAGGACUCGCCAAGAGUUUCACCGAGCAGAAGCGAUUUGGAGGAUACAACUUCGAGAGACGCGAAUUCUCGAGACGUACCGAUUCUUCUUCGACCUAGUAUGGAAAAUUUCAACGAUCCCGAGAUUCAGAAUGAUCACGAGGUAUCUAUUGGUAACGAUUACACCGUGAAAAUUCGUUUGGAAGGUACCGUCGAUCUCAGUACGAAGAAGGGCCAGGACAAAGAGAACGUAGGUCAGGAUUUGACCAUCAGGAAGAAGGACGAUAAUAUCGAACCAAUCAGACCGCGAAGGGAACGAAGUCCCAAACCGAGACACGUCUGGAGACCUUAUUAAAAGGGUUCACCAACGUGCAAUCGAUAAGUUUAAGACGUUAAUAUGAUUGGAAUCAUUGAAGGAAGAGAUUCCGAUCGUUACGGAUAAAACGAGUGAUGUCGUCAUUGCUACGAUUAACGAGAUCAAGAUUUCUCGAACGAUAUCAGAAAUAACGUUAUCGUUAUCGUCGAUCGAGUGAUCGUCGUUUUUAAAUCUAAUAAGUACGAGCCGACUUUCAAGUAUUUUAAAUAUUAAUAUAAGUUAAAUGUAAAUAAUAUCAACCUCUCUCUCUUCUGCGAUCGAGAAUCAACAAUCAAAAGAUAUUUAGGAAAUACUUUAAGACUUUAUCGUGGAGAUCACUUCGAUGACUCGAGGACUAACCAGGGUUUUAUGUUCGUAAUAGCAUGUAAAUAUAUGUAACGUCCAAUCAUCAUUAUCGAUAUAGAUUAGAUUUUCAAGUAACAUUCAUUAAGUCUCAUUCUAUCUCGUUGUUCUAAUUACGAUCGAUCGUUCUUGCUGGACAAUUUCGAAUCGCAAUAAUUUUAUUGUAUUUAAUAAUCAACAUACGCGAGAGGAUUACUUUUAAACGAUGUUUGUCCUGUUCGAAACGAUUAUCUAUUAUUUUACAUCGCGCACGCUCGAUCAUUAUCACUAGGCUAGACUCUGAAUUAAUUAGAAAGAUUGACGAAAUUUGAUUUUAUUCGAUAUGGGCGAUGUUAUCGCGAAUGUUCGUGUCGUUGUAAAUAAUAAAUACUCCUUUAAAGAAAAAUAAAAAAAAAAAGGAAAAAAAAAGAAGAAAAAAAGGAGGGGGAAAAAAGUAAAAAAAAAAUAAGAAAAAUCCCAAGAAUGAAUGAGAAACCGUAUCGGCGUGUUUCACAAAGUCAAAGUUCCCUUAUUUUUACGGGAUAAUCUCUAUCGAUGUGUUGAAACGAUAAACGAAAGCGUAGACCGAUAAUUAUAGUCUUAACGCGUGUCAGUCACGGAUUGUCUUUACAUCGACGUACGCGUGAUAUCGGCCCGAAAAUAAAGAGAACAAUUCACUGUUUAUCUACGUCAUCAAAUAAAGUAAUAUCAUCCGU